AGAGUGAAAUACGCUUUAUUUUGGUUGUCGCAUGCCGCACGUGCUUGCACUAUACGCUGUUCGUUUGUUAGUUUAGCUUUAAAAAUCGUACACAAAAUGAUGAAACCAGCGUUAAAAAAGAAAUUGCAUUCACUUCCUGCUCCAGAAAGUGAUAGCGACUCACUGGAAGACGACGAUGUCAGUGGUGAUGAUGGUGAAGAGUUUCUUUCCGAUGAGGAAUAUCCCAUGUCGGAAGACGAACUGGAUGACACUGAUGGCGAAGGUGAUGACGGUGUACCAGGCGAUGGAGCAUACCAAUCGGGUGAAACCACCAAAUGGGCAAAAGCAAUGGCAAAGUUCCUGCGCAAAGCUCCCGAUGCAAACAUUCUCUCGAAAGUGACCACAGACGAGCAGAAGGAACGCCAAAAGAAACAGACCAAGGAGUACGAAUUCGAUGUGGUCAGUGCUGAGGGAACAGUUGAAAAGGAAGCUGAUGCAACGAAGAGCGAUACGGAAGAAAAACCGACCAAUUUAAAGCUUGCCCAAGAGCUACUGCGACAGCGGGCGGCACUGAAAAAGCUGCGACAGAAAGACAUUCUUGGGUUGCGGGUACGCCCGUCCAUACAUGAUCAUGAGCGGGAAAGAACGUUGCGCAAAGUGGCCACCAAGGGUACGGUGCAACUAUUCAACGCUGUUCGUCAGCAGCAGAAGGAAGUGAAUCGAAGGUUGGAAGAAGCCGGCAAGCUGGAAUACAAGCGUGAUAAGGUGCUCAAGAGCCUUAAUAGGAAGGAGUUUUUGGAUGUGCUUAUGAGUGGGCCACGAGCUAAAUCGGAACUGGUGGAUAAUUUGGUGAAAAAGGAGGAGGACGAGGAUGAAGACGGCAUCAAAUCGGAAGUAGAUUCGGAAGAUGAGCCCAAGUCGACGUGGGGUGCACUGCGAGCCGAUUUCCUCACGGGGAAGAAAUCGGGCUGGGAUAAGGAGGAGGAAGAGGGUGAUAAGAUUCCGGACAAUCUGGAUGAAGAUAUGGAAUCAGGUUCGGAUAUGUAG